AUGCAAUCCAAUCGUUUUGCGACCCCGCCAGUGGCAGCGGAGCCCGCCGCUGGCGGGCAGAGAUCAACGGUGCUCGGCGGCGCCGAGCAGCAGCAGCAGGCAACUCCAGCGGCGCAGGAAAAGUUUAACGCCCAGCUCGCCUGCGACGAGCACGGCUUCGGGCCCGACGGCGUCGAGGCUCGAUGCAGCACGGGAUGGAUCGUGAUCGCGAGGGCCAUCCUGGCGCAAGCGGCGGCGCUGAGGGCCACAGCCUCAUCCCUGUCUGGGAUGGAGCGCCGCAGGGUUGGAGGCGUUACCGCGAUGAUGUGGAGAUAUGGGCGCCGGGCCAACCUUGAUGUGAACUAUUGUGUGGCGGCGCGGCUCGCGAGCAGGCUGAAGGGCGCCGCCAGGAGGGUCGGCCUCAGGAUCCCGAAGGGGGAGGCGACGGAGGCCGACAGCAUGAGAAGCAUCAGUAACGUGCUCGCGGCGCAGGAGGCAGCGCUGGGCGGACAAUGUGCGGUUAGACGCGGCGAGACGAUGUCCGACUUCUUCAAGGGCGCCCGCUACAACAGGAGAGCGGGUGAACGCAUUGCGGACUUCGUGGCGAGGUUCGAGGAAGGUGUCCAGAGGUUCGGGGACGAUGGAUUGCGAUUCGCGGACCAGGACUACAUCCUGGGUUGGUGUUUCCUGGAGAAGCGCUGCCUCUCGCCCGAGCGCCGCGAGUGGGUGGUGGCGGCCUUCCCUGGCGACAAGUACUCGUGCAGGGAUGUGACGACGAUCGUGGUCAGACUCUUCCGGACCUACACGUGCCAGCACCAACGCUUCGGCCAGAGACGGCCUGGCCCUGCAGUCUCGGGCUCGUCCAUACGCGGCGUGAACGCGACGGAGAUCGAGGGCCAGGCGGAGGACCGCGGCGACGAGCAACAGGAGGAUGACGACUACGCCGACGGCUUCGAGGAGCACGAGCACGAGGUUAAAGAGGUGGACGUCUCGGAGAUACAGCGAUUCGCGCGCCGGGAGCUGGAGGCGCUCGCGACGGAGCUGGAGGACAGCACGCUGGACCUCCCGCCCGAGGAUUCCGCGGCGCUGGAGGAGGCGGCGCCGCAGAUCUCACACUUCACGGAGGCGUUGGAGGUCAUCCGAGACGCGCGCGGGCGCAUCCAGGGUCGCGCUGGAGGGGGUGGCAAGGCGAAAGGCAAGGACCGCGGCAAGCCAGGCGAUCCCGAGAGCAAGGCCCCGCGUACCACGCUAGUCACGGCAGCGGCUGAAGACUCGGGCCCGGCCCACGACGCGUUGUCCGUCGAGCAGGUGAAGGUCGGCAAGGGCGAGACGAUGGAGGUGCUUAGGAAUGAGCUGAUUCAGAAGGCGAAGGAUCACCUCCGCGGAGUGGUGGACACGGCGUGUGUCAUCUCGGCGAUGGGCGAUGUCUGGCGGGGGGCCUACCUGGAGGCGUCGGCGGAGCUGGGCAUAAGUUCGGCGACGGCGGCGCGCAUGGUGUCCUACGAGACGUUCCGCUUCCCAGCGGUGGUUGCAAGCGUGCCAGUGAUGGCGCGCGCCUGCGUGGCGAAGAGUGCCGAGCUUAGCUUGCUCCUAGGGCGUGACUUCCUGGAGGCGACAGGCGCGGGCAUCGACGUGGCGAGGCGCAAGCUCGCGGUGCCCCCUGGGUCGCAGCCGUGGCUCGACUUCCAGAAUUGCCAUUUCGCGCUGGAGAUCAAGCCCGAGAAGUAUCGCGCCCUCUCGGAGGCCCACGCGGACAGGAGGGCACUUCCGCCCAAACUCGGCCACCGGGCUAGGCCACCACCGCCUCCGCGUAGAGGUGCGGGGGCAUCGGUGCUGAAGGUGUUCGCGAUCGCGGCGACCACGCGCUGUUCGGAGGCCAGAGUCAACGCGGCGGCAGGCGAUGGGCGCAGGAAGCAGGACAAGACGAACGGCAACACCACCAUCAAGAAUGCGACCGAGGGCACCUGGAUUCUGACGACGGAUAACAUCACAUCAAAGGGCACGCCGACAGGCAGCAUCACGCAUGGUGCUUGCUUGGCUUGUUGCGGAACUCGGACGCUCUACGAGUGUCAGGCGGACAGCGGCGCGGAGUUCGCGGUCCAGCGCCAGUCGUGGAGGAGACUCCGCAACGGCACUAUCGCGCAGCACAAGGCAGGACUAGGAAGAGGACUCCAGGCUGGCGAUUUACUCGAGCAGGCAGCCCGUUCUGAAGCUGGACGUGCCGGCGUCCCCUGGGGUAGCCUGCCCUGUGGCCCCUGGGCGGCGCUCCAGAAUCUCGCGAAGAAUAACGCCCAGUUGCCAUUCGAACGCGCGCAGAACAGGCACGUGAUCAGACUGUUCGCCCGGGAGGCCCAGCGCGCGCUGGAGGUUGGCGCGAUCGUUGCGUUCGGGUGGCCCUUCAACUGCCGCGGCUGGAGGCAGCCCGAGGACAGGACUGGCAAGGCCAUCGAGAAGCCCUGGAAGGUGAUCGCUAACUGUCAGCCGCUGCAGAAGUUCUUGAGCCGGAGGUGCUCCCAGGACCAUGGGCAUCUCCACGGGCGAGAAUUCAAUCGGAAGACGUCCAGGAAGACGAGGCUCUACACUAUGGGGCCAUGCUGGGCUGCGAUCAAGGAUUUCAUCAGGGGCAUCGCGGACGUCAACUACGCGCUCGCCACGCUGCUCAACGACGAGGAGAACGAGGGCAUGGGGAAGGGGCCUCAGGGCAUACCGGCGAGCCUGGAGCCUGAGCAGCGUCUCACCCCCGCGAGGGCCGUUGCCAAGAUGCGCGCCAACCUGG